AUGGAAACAAUCAAAGGCAUCUUCCCCGGUUCCGCCCCCAACAACGUCGCCGCCUGGGCGCUCAAACCCAAACAACGCCCUCUCACCGUCGGAGCCGCACCCUACACCAAACCGCCCGCCGGACACGUCGUCAUCAAAGUCUACGAUGUAGCCGUCAACCCCAUCGACUGGAUCUUGCAGGACGACGAUCUCUUCAAGGCGGAGUACCCGACCGUCUUUGGAUCGGAUGUGGCGGGCGAGAUUCAGGCCGCGGCGGAGGAUGUGGAGGACUUUCAGAUUGGGACGAGGGUUAUUGCUCACGCCUCUCGCGCUCAAAAGGUCGAUUUGCCCAGCGGUGCUACGGGAGCUUUCCAGAAGUAUGUCGUCGUGCAGAAAACUGCUGUGGCCGAGCUGCCGUACAAGAUCCCAAGCUCAGUGGGCGUUGUCUUGCCGUUGGGCAUAUCGACUGCGGCUGCUGGAUUGUACCAGAAAGACUUCCUUGGACUCCCAUUUCCCAGCGCAGAAGAGAAGCCAAAACCACUAGACCGAACGAUCUUGAUCUGGGGUGGAAGCUCCAGCGUUGGGUCCUGUGCGAUUCAGCUGGCCGUGGCAUCUGGCGCUGAGGUAGUGACGACGGCGAGCGCGAAGAAUGCAGAUUACUGCAAGAGCCUUGGAGCUGCGGAAGUCUUCGAUUACCACUCCAAGUCCGUUGAAGAUGAUGUUGUGAAGUGGCUGGAUGGCAAGACGGUUCUGGGUGCUUAUCAUGCUGUUGGCGCUGAUGGUGCAGUGCAAAGCGCUGCUCGCAUUGUGGACCGCAGCAAAGGUAAAGCGAUCGUUGUUUCUGUGCGAGGCAUUCCAGAUGAUGGCAUCCCCAAAGCCGUGAGGACGAAAUCUAUCUCGUCAUCCUCCAUCUUCACCAACGAAGUUGGCCCCAAGAUCUGGCGGGAAUACCUGCCAAAAGCAUUGAAGGCAGGCACAAUCAAACCCAAGCCCGAUCCGAAGAUUGUUGGCGAAGAACUGCGAUCCGUCCAGCUUGGCCUCGAUACUCAGAAGAAAGGCGUGAGCGCGCAAAAAGUGGUGGUAUCGUACAUUUCGUGA